AUGGCUUUGCUCUGCUACAACAAGGGAUGCGGUCAGAAGUUUGACCCGGAGAAGAACACGCAAGGUAAGUCAGAGGUCCGGGAGCAGCGAUGGGCGGCCUCUGAUGUCCACGUGACUCCGUGCGAGUUCCCACGGCGCUCAGGAGAACCGCAGGAAGUUUGUUUGCAAGGAAGUGUGCAUGUAAGUUAGGAGAGUUGCUUUAACAGUUGACACGUAUGCAUGUGCGCGCGUGCGCGUGUGUGGUAUUACCGCUUUCUUUCUUUCCUGUGCCUCUCCGGCGAGUUCAACAGGUGAUGUGAUCACCCCAGAGCUAUGAUAAGAGGCUAAAUUUCUGCCUAAUGUUCACAGGACAGGAAUCUCUGUAAGGGAAAAACCCGAAGACAACAAUAUAUUGUUAUUACAGUAUUGUUACUAAUCUUUACCGUUGAUUAACUAAACCACAGUCUCAAGGCAAUUUAAGGGUAAGAUGAUUAAAAACACUUAAAAACACAAAAGUAACAAAUGCAUUUAAAAACAUGACCUUGCAGAUUUGUCUCUGGCUGUGUACUCACCAUACUUUUGAAGCAUAUACAUGCUGGAACCCUGGGAACUGUAGUUUACCCCUCAGCUACAAUUCCCAGCACUCUUAACAAACUACAGCUCCCAGGUUUCUGGGGUGGGGGUUGCUUUAAAGGUACUGUGAGCCCUAGAACCAGCACAUUCAAAGCACAUGUCAAGCAAGGAGAAUGUCUCAGUCAUCUGCAGAGUCUGUAGUAUCAUUGGUAUGCUUCCAGAAGGAAAAAGGUGGAGUCUCCAAGGCAGAGAGAAUUACUUCAAAAGCACCUCUUGGGCUACACACACACUUAAAGCACAUAGCUUCACCCUGGGAACUGUAGCUUAUUAUGGGUGCCGGGAACUGUAGUUCUCUGUUGGGCAAACUACAGUUCCUAUUAUCCUUAGGGGGAAAGCAUGUAUGGUGUAUACACAGUCUUGGUUUACCUGCUCAGUGCCAGGGUUGCACUGCCGGAGUGAAAAGACAGACAAUAACAGUGCAUUAGUGGAUGCUCCACACACCCUUCAGUUUUAUGAGUUGUUCUGUGAUGCUUCCCCAGUGUUACCAUGUUAUUGCUGUUGAAAUGCCCCCCCCCACUCUGUUAUAGAUUGGAUUAUUGCAAUGUGGGUCUACUCUUAGGCCUGGUCUGGAAGUUCGGCCGGUGCAGAAUGCUACACCUAGACAGUUAGUGGUGAUAAAUUCUCACCAGCACAUAAUUCCAAAGCUCAAAAGCUUGCGCUGACUGCCCACAUGCUACCGGGGCAAGCUCUAUGCUUUUGUAUUAAUUUACAAGGCCCUUAGCCACCUGGGUCCAAGUUACCUUAGGGAGACCUGAUCCCUUAUAUCCCUACCUGAUCACAGAGGUCUUUGGGGGACUCACUGUUCCUGCCCCCCCCCCCAUGGCUCAGAUGCACAGUGUGUUUAGUAUUGUGGGCACAAUUUUGUGGAAUUCCCUUCCUGUUGAGGCCAGAGGCCCCCUCCUUGUUGAACCUCUGGCACCUACUGAAUGCUCUAUUAUUAUUAUUAUUAUUAUUACUCCAGCAGGCUAAAUAAAUAAAUAAAUAAAUCUAUUAUUUGUACCCUGCUAAUUUGACUGGGUUGCCCCAGCCACUCUUGGCAGCUUCCAACAUAAAUAAAAACGUAACACAACAUUACAUAUUAAAAGCCAUCCCGAUUCAGGGCUGCCUUCAGAUGUCUUCUAAAGAUUAUAUAGUUACUCAUUUUCUUGACAUCUGAUGGGAGGGCAUUCCAUAGGGCGGGUGCCACCACCGAGAAGACCCUCUGCCUGGUUCUCCGUAGCUUCAUUUCUUGCUGUGAGGGAACCCCCAGAAGGCCCUUAGAGCUAGAUCUCAGUGUCUGGACUGAACGAUGAGGGUGGAGACGCUCCUUCAAUGGAUUUUUAAAUUUUUAAAAACUUUUUCUUUUCUCGCAUUACCAAUAAACUUAUAACAUACAGAUUACAUAAACAUCUCUCCCUCCCCCCUUUUAGACUUUUCUCGGCUUCCGGUUCUGAUUUAUUUAUCUCCUUAUAUAUUCUGCUAUCUUCUACAAAUAUCAUACUUUUUCCUUUUAUUACAUUACCUAUUCCCUAUCCAUAAAACUGUGAAUGUUUAAAUCCUACCAUCAGAUCAAUGUUCUUCCUUUGUUUCUGCAAAUAUAAUAUAAAAGGUUCCCACUCUUUUUCAAAAUCCCUCUUGUCCUUUUCCCGAAGUCUGUGUGUCAGCUUCACCAUCUCUGCAUAACUCACCAGUUUUUCUUGCCAUUGUUCUUUCGUUGGAAUUUCUCCAGUCUUCCAGUUCUGUGCUAGCAGUAUUCUCGCCACCGCCAUUGCAUACAUAAAUAGUGUCCUUUUCUCUUUUGGCAGGUCUUGCCCUAAAAUGCCCAACAGGAAGGCUUCUGGUUGUUUAACAAAUGUUAUUUUAAACUUUUUAAAAAAAAUUCAUUGUAAAUCAUUUCCCAGUAUACCUUAACCUUUUUACAAUCCCACCACAUACGACAAAAAGUCCCUUCAGCUUCUUUACACCUCCAGCAUUCCCUCUGCUCAUUUUUAUAUCUUCAUAUAAUUUUCCUUUAACAAUAUACAGUCUGUGAAUUUCAAAUUUACUUUCUAGAGUUUUGUCCAAUCUUCAGAUUGUAUGUUGUGGCCUAUAUCUUGUGCCCAUUUAAUUAUUACUGAUUUCACUUCCUCAUUUUUUGUUUCCCAUUCCAAAAGAAUGUUAUACAUGUUCUUUAAUAAUUUUGUGUUCUCUUCUAUUACAGUGGUACCUCGGGUUAAGUACUUAAUUCGUUCUGGAGGUCCGUUCUUAACCUGAAACUGUUCUUAACCUGAAGCACCACUUUAGCUAAUGGGGCCUCCAGCUGCCCUGUGCCACCGGAGCCCAAUUUCUGUUCUCAUCCUGAAGCAAAGUUCUUAACCCGAGGUACUAUUUCUGGGUUAGCGGAGGCUGUAACCUGAAGCGUCUGGCCCCGGUGAUUUCCCUGCCUUUGCCUGGUUUAUUACAUCUAUAAUUUCCUGCAUGGUUAUUUCCUUCAAUGGAUGUUUGAUUUUCUAGUUUUAACUGAUUUUUUUUUGUAUCUCACAAUAGAGACUGUUGUAGUCAAGGGAUAUGUAAUUUGUUUAAAUAAAUAUGAUAACUAACACAGCACAACGAAAGUUGAACAAAACCCUAGACUGUUUGUGUUUUGAAAAGCUGCAGGAUUUCAGCAGGGGGCUAUGGGACACGCACAGAUUGGAAAUGCAGCAACAUGUUCACCCUGGAACCUUUGCGAGUGCGAACAGCAUCAAAAGUGGGAUCAUGUACAACCACUCCCCAAUACUGUCCCAAGCACAAAUUGUCCUGGAUGCCCAGUGAGAAGGAUAUCUGAGGGGCCGGGGUGAGAAAAGUAAUACCGCUUGCAGACUUCACAAAGGGAUCCAGUUGCCCACUGUGAUAAUGGGAUGCAGGGCUACAUGAGCUUUUGGCCUGAUUCAGUAAGAUGAGAGCCUGGAUAGCUCCAGUUGGUUGGAGUGUGGUGGUGAUAAUGCCAUGGUUGUAGGUUUGAUCCCCGUAUGGGACAUCAGCUUAUUCCUGCAUUGGAAUAGAUGAUCCUCAAGGUCCCUUCCAACUCUAUGAUUCUGGCUGAACUGUUGACUUCUACCAUUUUUGUUUCCCGCUCUCAGACUCCUGCCUCUACCACCCGGGUUUACCCAUCUUCCAUGAUGCCUUGAAGGUGAGUUGGUUGAGCAGAGCAGUGCAAUGGGCUGAAGAUCAUCACUGCAGUGCCACAUCCUUGCAUAGGAUUGCACAGGGUCUGGGCAGUGGGGUCUGGAGAGACUGGCAUAAGGCAUAAGAAUAGCAGGUUGUUGAUCAGGUAUUUGUGUGUAUGGGGGGAGGCAUCCUGUUGCUUUACAUUUUGGCUGGGCUUAGCAGCCCUUGGAAUUCCUAUCAUACCACCUUAACCUGUCAUGGCUCCCCCCAAAGACCCCUGGGCACUGUAGUUUGUUAAGGGUGCUGACUGUGAGUUUCUAGGAGCAAGGGAGGAUUUAGGGCUGUGCAAGGGAAGGAGAGAAGGCAGAGGCACUAGGCUUUGGAAAGAAGGUGUGAGACUCUGACAGUGUCUCUUUCCCAAAACCUAGUUAAUGCAUUCCCAACUUUGGGGUGCUAUGGGAGCUUGGGAGGGCUCCAGGGCCCUGCCAGAACCUCAUGCCUCUUUCCCAAAGCAGAACUGCCCCCUCACCCAAUUUUGAGAAAGCAGCAUGAGGGCUGGGAGUGUGUGCAAAUUUUGGCGCCAUCCAAGUCUGCCAAUGAUAGAAGACCCCCUCCCUCACAGAGCUGCAGUUCUCAGGCACCUUAACAAACUGCAGUUCCUGCAGUUCUCCAGGGAACUGUUCAAUGUACGCUGAGGAUGUGAACUUGGCUUUCUCACUUCAUGCUCCACGGCUGUGAAUUAAGAGCAUCUGUCCUGUGCCCACCGUUUACUGUGAGGACUGGGAAAUGGAGGGAUGAGUUUGCAAAAAAUGCCCCUGUCCUCCCAGCAUCAAUACUGCAUUCUGGGACUUGUUGCCCUGCCCCCCUGGUGUUACUGGUGGUUAAAAAAGAAAAUAUGCCACUCCUCUGGCUGUAAAAGCGCACACAGGUUUUCCCCGCCAGACACCAGUAUUAAAUUUCUUUUUUUUUUUAUAAGAUAUUUAUUGAGAUUUUCAAAAUAUUACAAAAUAAAAAUAAAAAAAGAAGAAAAUACAAAAUAAAAAUGGUUAAAAACAACUCAAUCUUUCCAUUACUUAUUUUUCAUUAGCUUGUUUCCCGGACCUCCUCACGCCUCCCUUUUUUGUAUUCCAGUUCGGUUUGUUGGUUCAGCAAAUCCUUACCCUCUUUGUUUAUCCUAGUCUUUAAUCUUAAAAUAUUGUAACGUUAAAUUUUUACCUAUUAAUAAUCCAUUUUUCAUAUUCCCUUAUAGUAUUACAGCUGAAAACCACUUAAUUUCUAUCCAACAUCAUUCUAUCAUUCAUUAAUUUUACAAUAUUUCUGUAGAUAAUCUUUGAAUUUCUUCCAAUCUUCUUCCACCGACUCUUCUCCCUGGUCUCGGAUUCUGCCAGUCAUUUCCGCCAGUUCUAUAUAGUCCAUCACCUUCAUCUGCCAUUCUUCCAGAGUGGGUAGAUCUUGUGUCUUCCAAUACUUUGCAAUGAGUAUUCUUGCUGCUGUUGUGGCGUACAUAAAAAAAGUUCUAUCCUUCUUUGGCACCAAUUGGCUGACUAUGCCUAGGAGAAAGGCCUCUGGUUUCUUCAAGAAGGUAUAUUUAAAUACCUUUUUCAGUUCAUUAUAGAUCAUCUCCCAGAAAGCCUUAAUCCUUGGGCACUUCCACCAAAGGUGAAAGAAUGUACCUUCAGUUUCUUUACAUUUCCAACAUUUAUUAUCGGGCAAAUGAUAGAUUUUUGCAAGCUUGACUGGGGUCAUGUACCACCUGUAUAUCAUUUUCAUAAUAUUUUUUCUUAAGGCAUUGCAUGCCAUAAACUUCAUACCUGUGGUCCAUAACUGUUCCCAGUCAGCCAUCAUUAUGUUAUGUCCAACAUCUUGUGCCCAUUUAAUCAUAGCGGAUUUCACCGUUUCAUCCUGAGUAUUCCAUUUCAACAGCAAGUUAUACAUCUUUGACAAAAUCUUAGUUUUGGGUUCUAACAGUUCUGUUUCUAAUUUUGAUUUUUCCACCUGGAAACCAAUUUUCUUGUCCGAAUUAUAUGCCUCCAUUAUCUGAUAAUAAUGAAGCCAAUCUCGCUCUUUGUUUUUAGUUUCUCAAAACUCUGCAAUUUCAGUCUAUCUCCCUCUUGUUCCAGAAUUUCCCAAUAUUUCGGCCACUUGGCCUCCAUAUUGAGCUUUUUCUGUGCUUUUGCUUCCAUCGGUGACAACCACCUUGGGGUUUUGUUUUCCAAUAAAUCCUUAUAUCUUAUCCAGACAUUAAACAAUGCUUUCCUGACAAUAUGAUUCUUGAAUGCUUUAUGUGCUUUGACCUUAUCAUACCACAAAUAUGCAUGCCAUCCAAAUACGUUGUUAAAACCUUCUAAAUCCAAAAUGUCUGUAUUUUCAAGAAGCAGGCAUUCUUUCAACCAGCAGAAAGUUGCUGAUUCGUAAUAAAGUUUAAAGUCUGGCAGGGCAAAUCCACCCCUUUCCUUUGCAUCAGUUAAUAUCUUAAAUUUUAUUCUGGGCUUCUUGCCCUGCCAGACAAAUCUAGAAAUAUCUCUCUGCCACUUCUUGAAACAGUCCAUUUUGUCCACAAUUUGCAAUGUUUGAAACAAAAACAACAUUCUAGGCAAUACAUUCAUUUUUAUCGCAGCAAUACGGCCUAGCAGUGAAAGCUUCAAAUUUGACCAAAUUUCUAAGUCUUUUUUCACUUCCGUCCAACAUUUUUCAUAAUUGUCUUUAAAUAAGUUCCCAUUUUUAGCUGUCAUAUUAAUCCCCAGGUAUUUCACUUUCUUAACCACUGUCAAGCCUGUCUCAUUCUGAAACCUCUCUCUCUCAAUCAAUGUUAAAUUUUUCUCUAAAACCUUGGUUUUUAACUUACUCAGUUUAAAUCCUGCAGCCUGACCAAAUUCUUGAAUUAGUUCUAAAACCCUUUUGGUACUAGAUUCUGGCUCCUGUAAUGUCAAUACUAAGUCAUCUGCAAAUACUCUCAAUUUGUACUGUUUAGCUCCGACCUGUAUACUUUUAACCAGCUGGUCCCUUCUAAUCAUAUUCAGCAAAACCUCCAGGACCGAUAUAAAAAGCAAUGGGGAAAUUGGGCAACCUUGUCUUGUCCCUUUUUCUAUCUUAAAUUCUUCCGUCACCACAUUAUUUACAAUUAGUUUAGCCUUUUGUUCUGAAUAAAUUGCACUUAUACCGUUUUCAAAGCCUUGGCCUACCCCCAUCCCCUGUAGGUUCUUCUUCAUAAAACUCCAAGAGAUAUUAUCAAAAGCUUUCUCCGCGUCCACAAAUAUCAAAACUGCUUUAGUAUUUAUGUUCACUUCUAGUUUUUCCAAAAUAUCAAUUAUAUUCCUCAAAUUGUCAGACAAGUGUCUUCCCGGGAGAAAGCCCGCUUGGUCUUUAUGAAUCUCUUCCAUCAACACUUUUUUCAAUCUCUUGGCCAGCCCAUCCGGUCCUGGAGAUUUGCCUAAUUGCAUAUUUUGAAUGGCACCUUCUACUUCCUGUUCAGAUAUUUUAUAAUUCAACAUUAAUUUACUUUCUUGAGAGAUUUUUUGUAAUCCAUUUGUCUUCAGAAAUCGAUCUAUGUCCAUUUCUUUCUGUGGCCCUUGUGUGUAUAAUUGUUUAAAGUACCUCUGGAAACAGUUUCUAAUCUCAGUUGGGUUGUGUAUGUUCUUUCCUUCCACUUCUAAAUUUGUGAUAGUAUUUAAUUUUUGUCUUUUUUUCAUUUGCCAAGCCAGCAAUUUCUCACAUUUAUUAGCUGAUUCAAAUGUUUUUUGUCUCAUUUGUUUAAUUUUCCAUUCUAUUUCCUGAUUCAUCAUUUCCAUAUAUUGUACUUGAUAUAACUUUAUUUCUCUCAAAAUCUCCUGCGACUUUGGUUUUGCUCUCAAUUUCUUCUCACUUUCUUUUAUUUUCUCCAAAAUUUUAUCUUUCUUCUCAUUUUGGCUUUUCUUUAUUGCAUUCUGUUGUAUCAGAAACCCUCUCAUGACCGCUUUGCUUGCGUCCCAGAUAACUCUUUUUUCUACAUUAGUAUUCAUAUUUAUCUCAAAAUAGUCUCUCAAGGUUUUUUGGGCCUUUUUAUACACUUCUUCAUCUCUGAAUAAGGUGUCAUUCAUCCUCCAUCUGAAGGAGCCAGUUGAUAUUAGUUUCAUCUCCAUCCUUACAGCAUUAUGGUCGGAGCAGGUUUUUUGGACAAAUUUCCACUUUCGUUAUCUUUGGUGCCAUUCCUCUAGUUACCCAUAUUUGGUCAAUUCUAGUCCAUGUCAUCUUGGCUUCAGAAAAGAAGGUUCCCUCUCUUCCCAAGGGAUUCUUUGUUCUCCAAGUAUCAACUAAGUCCAAGUUAUCUGUCAUCUCGAAAAUGUUUUCGGUAGUCUACCAUCCUUGGUGACUACCUGUCUUUGUGCCUUAUCCAUAUUUGUAGAUACUACUCCAUUCAUAUCCCCCAUCAAGAUCAGAUUGUAAUCCAAAUAGUCCAUUAAGGUCUCAUGCAACUUUUUAAAGAAUUCAGAUUUCCCCUCAUUCGGUGCAUAAAUUCCUACUAUCAAAAAUUUCUCUCCUUGAACUUGAAUUUCAAUUGCCACAAAUCUUCCUUGAUUGUCUUUAAAAAUGAAUUUCGGUGAUAGUCUCUCCUUUGCAUAAAUCACUACUCUUUUUUUAACUUUGUCAGAUGAAAUAAACUCCAGUAUUAAAAUAAACCAGUAUUAAAUUUCUAGUUGCCUCUGGUAACCAUUUGUGGGUUGCUGUGUUUGUGAAAUGGAAGACUUACCCCUAUGUUAUUCCUCCCAGGGCUGGUCUUGCUGCAAGAAACGAACCACCGACUUCUCAGAAUUCCUCUCCAUAAAGGUGUGUUCUGUGCGCAUUGGAUCUUCCCCUUCACCCCAUAGUGCUGGCUCCUGUGAGCCAAGUGAGUUUUGACCGAUCUCUGGUGCGCCACUCUUUUGGGUGAAUUUCUUUGAACUGUAUGAGCCCUAUGUUGGAGAUUCAGGCAGAUGUUCUGAUGACCAUUGCCUUUAUGUAAAUAUCCAAUCUGCUGACCUUUAGAGUCAUAGGAAGCUGCCUUAUACUCAGCCAGACCAUUGGUCCAUCUAGCUCAAUAUUGUCUACAUGGACUGUCAAUGGCUCUCCAGGGUUUAGGGAUCUCUUUCAGCCCUACUUGGAGACACCAGGGAUGGAAUCCGGGACUUUCUGCAUGCAAAACAGAUGCUCUGCCACUGAGCUAUGGCCCCAUCCCAACUCAAAGGCUUAGAGCAGGUAAUUAACAACUGGAAAGCAGCCAAACAAGCACUAGCAAAACAGCUAAAUUAAAAUGGUUAGUUCAGCAAAGGUAGCAGAUGGUGACAUGUUAUAUUGACGAGCACUAGAUCAACCUGUCACAUCUUGAACAUAUAAAGCUGAGCUUUCCUAAAUCAGGCCAGCUGGACCACCUAGCCUAAUAUUUUCUUUCUGCUUGGUAGUUCAGCAACUGAGAUCCUUUUACAGGGGAGAUGUUGGGAACUGAAUUGUGAUGUUCUGCGUGCAGAACAGGUGGUCUACCACAGAACUAUGGCCCCCACCUCCAUCUCUUAUGGCAGACACUCACAUGAAUGUGCAUGCAGACGUAAGCAGCCAGUGCAUGGAAUAGGAGAGCGCUCACUUUCAAGGGCAGGAGAGAUCUUCCUCACAAUAUAAAUGAGUGCUACUAACAUGCUGUGGCAAUGUGGCAUAUGGGCGUGCUCCUUUGCUUACAAGUACAUGGACACAUCAUGUGCCUUCUGCAGAGGUAUUUUGUAACAUGUGAAGGGGCCCUUAGUGGGCCACUGGUUCCUACAGCUUUGGGCACUUCCAGACGACCUGUUUAUUGAGUAUUCCUCCUGAUUUGGUUGUGGAGAGGUUCAAACUAUGGCUGGACGCUAUGGAUUUUGUCCCCAAAGGGCUGCACCAAAGGGUAUCACAGCAAUGAGAAGCCUCCAGAGCCAGAGGAGGCCUCGAGCGAGCCAAAGGUCAAGACAAGCACUGAGGUCAUCAUCCAGGGGCCAAAGUCAGCAGAGAUGAUGGAGCGUGAGAGGCCCAGGUGAGGUGGGGAGAAAGGGCAGGCCAUUCUUCUGGGACCAGGGGCAACGGGUUAAAAAAUUGCCUUGUACCAUACCCUCCAACAUUUAUCCAAUGAAAAUAGAGAUAUCCUAUUCAAUAAUAAUGAUAAUGAUACCCCACCAUCUGAUUUGGUUAGCCAACACAUAUAAAAACAUACUAAAACAUUAAACAUUAAACAUUAAGAAAAACUUCCCUAUACAGGUCUGCCUUCAUGUGUCUUUUAAACGUUGUAUAGUUAUCUCCGUUUUUUGGGGGGGGGGAGUGUUGCAUAACUGAGCCAAAACCAACAUUUAUCUGAUGGAAAUAGGGAUGUCUUAAGGAAAAGCAGUACAUUCCAGGAUCAAAAACGAAACCAGGAUGGCUUCUGUAAAUCUGGGACCGUCCCUGGAAAAUAGGGACACUUGAGGGUCUGUUAUACUGAGCUCAGACCAUUGGGCCAUCCAGCUCAGUUUCAUCUAUCCUGAUAGACAGCAUCUGUCCAGGGCAUCGAGCAGAGACAUUCCCAGCCCUACCUGGAGAUGCCAUUUGGGGCUGAACCUGGGACCUUCUGCAUGCAAAGCAGAUGCUCUGCUACUGAGCUACAGGCUCUUGCUGGAUCAAACCAAGAGUCCCUCUAGUCUAGCCUGCUGCUCCUCUCGAUGGCCAGCCAUAUGCCUCUUGCAACCCCCCCCCCCAAGGAGAGUGUGAAGGCAACAUCCCUUCCUUGUUGUAUGCCCCAGUGUCUGCCACUGAGAGGCAGACUGCCUCCAGGUAUGAAGGCCCCAUUUUGGUGCUGUGGCUAAUUCCUGUUUAAAGCCCUGGGGCCCUGGGGCAGGGAAUUCCACAGGUGAACUGUGCAUUUUGUGAAGGGGGUGGCACAUGGUGAAAACCUUCUUGGAACCCUGUUUCAGAUGAAGCUUGGCAGUAACUCUGAAUCUUAAUAUGUCAUCAAAUCUCUUUUGUUUUUUAUUUUGUUAAUGUUCUCCAGUUCUGAUGAGCCUAAACAGCUGCUGCCUGUGAAAGUGUCCGGAUCUCUGGCACAGGCCCUGAGCAAGCUGGAUUUGACCCGCAAGGACCACCCGCCAGUUCAAGGCUCAGCAGACACUCGUAAGAGCCUUGCUGGUUUGGGAGGGUGAGGUGGGAAAUAACUACAAAGGGGUACAGGACAGGUAUUGUACUUGGAAAGGAUUCCCCCAAGUUUUGGUGCCUGCAGGCAUAUUUGGAAAUCUAAGAAACUGUUGUGGGCACCACAAGAUACCCCUUUCACAGAAUAAAAACAAACAAUGUCCAGAACCCCCUCUCAAAAAAAGACAAAACUCACCCCCCCCAAAAACAAAUAAGACUGCAUCUGCAGCAAAUGUUUAAAGCACAUUUGACACAUGUUUAAAGCACAUGGCUCUGCCCAGAGAAUCUUUGGAAUGGUAGAUUACCCUUCCCCCAAAGCUAUAAUUCCCAGCACCCUUAACAAACUACAGUUCCCAGUAUUCUUUGGGGGAAAGCUAUGCACUUUAAAUAUAUGGUGGAGAUGCGGCAGGGGGCUCCCCCAUCUUGUUUAAGGCCCACGGUCAAGAAGUCCAAGCAGUUUGAGCAACCACAUGUUUUCAUUUUAGAAAACCUGAGCUGGGUUCCCUUUCUGUUACAAGCGGGAGCCUGCGGUGGCUACCUGUUGCUCUGCUGGAUAAAAAUGUAAACUCUUGGUAUCCAAUACGGCACUGAGGAAUAGAACAUGAGCUUUAUUACAGGGGUGUUUGGGGUUUCUGCCUUUGUGCUGAGCAUCGACAGGCUCACCUGCCCACCUCCCUUUUUUAUGGGUCUGAUAGCAGCACACAGCAAAUCAGUCACCCAGAUCUACGAGCUCAGGGCUGUUAGUUAGCAUAGGAUCUCCCUGGACUUUAACCAACCGCAGUGGAUUGCACUUUGCAGAGCCAAUAGGGCUAAGCUCUUAGAAGUGGGUGGGGUGGCCUGUCAUUUGGGGGUUUGCAAAGUGCCCUCAAGAAGUUUGCCUGACUUUGCAUUUGUGCCUCCCCAUAGCAGCUUCCCUGGAGGUGAGCGCUGGCACCACCUGCAAGAACUCUGGCUGCAAGGCGGUGAGUCCUGUGCUUGGGUCUGCCCCUCCCUUUCUAAACUCCCGGCAUGUCUCCUCAAGCCUGUGCUCUCUUUCCAUGAGUUUUCUCAGAUUUCCAAUACUGGUCCCCCCGCCUUUCAUUUACACCCUCUGCUCUGAGACUUUGCAUCUCCGAUGUGAACUUCUGACCAAACCUUAAGGCAACCUACCCCAGCCGCACAUUUUGGACUACUGCCCCCAUGGUUCCCAGCCGUCAUCAUCAGCUCAUAUGUUGGGAGCUCUAGUUCAACAUUUGGAAGGGCACCAGGUUGGGGGAGAUUGCUAUACCCUGUCCGACUGUGAAAGGAUGGGGUUUCUGGGAUAUUUCUCUAGCAUAGAAUUUAGAGCUGAGGAUGAGCCAGUUCACACACAUUUCACAGAACCAGGGAAAGGUGUGGCUGGAGCUCAUGGGACUUGUAGUCCGACCACAUCUGGAGGGCGCCAAGUUUAUCUAUUUAUUUGCUGCAUUCACAUCCCACCUCUUUCUCCAAGUUGCUCAAGGCAGCUUACGUGGUUCCCCCCUCCAUUUAAUCCCCACAACAACCCUGUGAGGUAGGUUAGGCUGAGAGGCAGGGAGUGGCCCAGAGCUACUCGGUGAGCUUCAUGGCAAAAUUGGCCUUUGAACCUGGCCCCCACCUAGUCCAGUGCUCUAACUGCUAUACCACACAGUCUCUUGUGGCAGUUGCAGUCCAACGUUUGGAGGGUACAACAUUGAGGAAGGUUGCCUCAAGCCUAGAGCCCAAUCUGUGGAGGCUGCUCAGUUUCCUCUUCCUAGGUCUCUAUGCUGAAGGUCAGCAGCAGGAAGGAUGGGGACAGAGGUGGAAUUUCUUGCUUCUGUCUUUCAUUGGCUCUGGCGCCCCCUACUGUUGGGCUCCAUGCCACCUGCCAAUCCCAAAGGACACCAGCCACCAUUGGCCUUGAUCCAUGGUUUCUCCACUCCAAACAAGAUUCCUGCUGGGAAAUGGAGCCCGCGGCUGUGGCUCGUGCAUCAGGAAGCAAAGGGUGGGCCUGGGGCUUCUCUGGCCAGCAGAGAGAUGGUUUGGCCGCCUCUGCCUCCCACAAGGCUGCUUGGCUGACCUUUCUGCCCUGGCUUAUCUUCCAGGUUUACCAGGGAGAAGAAAGCGAUAGGGAGACCUGCACAUUCCACCCUGGGGUGCCUGUCUUCCACGAAGGGUAAGGCAUAAUUCCUCCAGCCCUGCCUGUGGGAUCAUGGGGUGCUUCGUCUCCCAUGUUCAACCCAUGCUGGCCAGCUGGAGGACGGUUUCUCUUUGUCAGCAGUUGUGUUCUGGUGCACAGGCUAUUCUGUUCCUGCACUGUGCUCUGCAGGGUGCAAUACCCUUGGAGCUCUUUUAUCAUACUCGUACAGCUCAAGCAGGUCGUUCCUGGGUGCGGAAUCAAGCACAAAGCACUGGACCCCAAUCCAUAUCUGGCGAAAUCCAGGACUCCUCCCCCAAAUACUUCUGCUUAAUAGAGCUCACCUCAUGCACAUGCUUUCCCUGUGCUCACUCCAGUCAAUCAAGCUUCUGUCUCCGCCCAUCCUGUAGAUUCUAGUGAGGAUGAUGCAUUCCAAGGCAGCUUGUGACAAAAAGUUGCCUAAAUGCCCAUUAGAGCUCAUUGUUCCCCAUCAGUGAAAAGCCCAAAGUUGUCACAAAAUAAUUGGACGUUUUUGAGCUAUUUUUUGAGGGACAUGGGCAAGAACAACACUGCUGACAUCAGUUGCCAUACAUGCAGAUUUCCCCGAACAUUUAGCUGAUUUCCGCCCAGAUUCUGCUUUCGGCUGCAGUAUUCUGGGCGUGACAUAUGGCAACCCAACAUAAGAAGAGCCGGCAUUCUGUUCUCACGGUGGCCAACCAGAUGCCCCUUUGGGAAACCUGCAAACACUCCUCCUUCCUGAAGUUUCCAGCAACUGAUAUUCAGAAGCAUCGCUGCCUCCAGCUGUGGAGGCAGAGCAUAGCUUCGAUCAUGGCUGGAAAGCCCUUGAUAGCUUUAUCCUCUUCCAUGAAUUUUUUCAGUCUUCUUUUAAAGCCAUCCAAGUCCAUGGCCAUCCCUGCCUCUUGUGGGAAUGAGUUAUUUAGUUUAACUAAGUGCUGUGUGUGUGUAUAUGUCCCUCCAGUCUUCCAAUCUUCUGUUGGCAACCAGCCAGCUUAGGAACAAUUUGCUACACUCAAAUAGCCAAAGUAGGAUCUAGGUGAGAAUUCAGGGGUGGCUUAAUUCUCAGCCUCUUUCCUGUGCUUCUCUCUCCUAUCGGUUCAUUUGAUCCCCCACCCUCCCAGCAUGAAAUACUGGAGCUGCUGUGGAAUGAAAACCACCGACUUCACAGCAUUCCUGGAGCAAAAGGGUUGCAGCCGAGGGAAGCACACCUGGGUGAAGAAGCAGGUGAGGAACACACGCUCCUCUGGUCCCCUGUUAGGGAUGGGCAAAUCUCUCCAUUUCAGUUUUCUCAGUCUCUCUCCCCUCUCCUCCCUCCAUUACUUAAAUUCAGCUCCCCACAUGUCCGCAGAAAUUUCUGGAUUUUUAAAAAUCCCCAUUAAAAUUAAUCAGCGGGCUGGUGUAAAUUUCUCCUAACAAACCUAUUUUUGCAUGCGGUUUUGAGCAAUGCACACAUUUCUGCAAGGUGUUUUGAUGGGAUUUCAUGCGUUGUUCUCACAUAUAUACAGUGGUACCUCGGAUUACAUAUGCUUCAGGUUACAAACUCCACUAACCCAGAAAUAUUACCUCAGGUUAAGAACUUUGCUUCAGGAUGAGAACAGAAAUUGCGCCGUGGCGGCAGCGGGAGGCCCCAUUAGCUAAAGUGGUACCUCAGGUUAAGAACAGUUUCAGGUUAAGAACGGACCUCCAGAACGAAUAAAGUUCUUAACUUGAGGUACCACUGUACUUGGAAGUGCUGGUCAUUCACUUCUGCCCCAUGACCUUCACACACACAAAGUAAUCCAUUAAAGAAGAUUGAGAGCCUGCACCUUAAGUGAGUUAAUAGUCUGAAAUGUAUUUUAAUGUUGCACGUGAUGGUGAAAGUAGAUGUGAUGUGGGAGGGUUGUGAUAAGACUCUUUCAGGGGGGGAAAGAAUAGGCUCCGUUAGCUAAAGUGGUGCUUCGGGUUAAGAACGGACCACCGGAACGAAUUAAUAACUUAACCCGAGGCACCACUGUACAUGCAUUUUGACACAUACUUGCCCCUCUUACACACAUUGCUUGGCUGGAGAAAUGCUUUGCAAAAUGUGAAGUUCACAUUUGAAGGAUAGCUGUGUUCUAGUUCAGGAAUUGGGUUGAGAAGUGCGAAUUAGGUUAGUUUCUCAUUAAAAUGCAAAAAAGAAAGAAAGAAAAUUACCCCCCUCCUCUGCUCGUCAACCACCUCAGUGUGCUUACUGGGCUUCCUAUGAAAAGGGGCUCCUUGCCUGUCUUCACCCUUGCUUUGCAGCUAAGAUACCCUCCCCCCACCAACCUUUCAAGCCCACCUGCCUUGAGGGAAGUGGCUGCUCCAUAAAUAGGAAGUGAGCAGGUGGGAAUGUUAACUGGCUCUUUUUGGCAGCAGGACAAGAAGUUGGUCUCUUGCCGGCAGGACUGGCACCAAACCGGCAGCCAAGUGGUGGUGACCAUCUAUGCCAAGACCCCUCUGCCAAAUCUCAGCUCUGUGAAGGCCAACCGCACAACGGUAAGGAAGGGCAGACAUUGCCCUGAGGAGGGCUAUCUGCCCCUUGGAACAACCUUGGCGCUGCUGAGUGCAGUGCUGGCCUGCAUGGCGAAUGUGCGAUCAUUGUAUUCUCCAAAAUGAGAUGGGUGUGGUCAGUGCUAUUUUUCUAGAAAAAGAGGUGCCGGAACUCACCAUAAACGCCUGCCUUUUUUCUCUUAUAAUGGCAAUGGCGCCCAUCUGAGAGGUGCCAGAACUGAGUUCUGGUGAGUUCCAGCUGGAAAAAAAAGCCCUGGGAGUGGCAGUGGGGGUCCUACAGCAGGACAAAAUUGUACUGAAGUUGCCUCCUCUUUUUAUCCCCCUUCCUGCAGCUGGACAUUCAUAUUACUUUCGAAGGAGAUAAGGUUUUCCAGGCAGAGUUGGAUCUCUGGGGGGUAAGUUUUGGGUUGCUUCACUUGGUAACAAACUAUAAUUUUUUAAAAAAAUGAAAAAAAUAUGUGGGACGGGGCCUGUGUUGAGGGUGCAACGACAGCUAAAGCUAUUGAAUUCCUACUCCAUGAGCAGCUGUUAAACACACAGGAAAAAUACAGUUACCUUGCAGUUCCACAGUUUGGCUACAGUGGGGAAGCCUAAAUAUGUCCUCCACUCGCAUAGCAGACCUUAUAGCAUGGCACAGCUAUAAACAUGCUGCCUAGUGUGUCCAGUCAUUGGAUCCCUCCCUUCUUUCCCUCAGAAGUUCUCCUCUGCCUGCAGCCAAAGGUUCCAGAAGCCAUGAUGCUGGCUCCUACAAGAGGCUACUAGCCAUGAUGACUGCCCUCCGAUAAUCUGCUGCCUGAAGCAGUUGCCUUCCUUUGCCUAACGUUAGGGCCAGCUCUAUACCAUACUAUUCCUUGGCUCUGUGACAGCAGAGAGUCAGAGCAGUAUUCAUUAAAUGGCACUCUUCUCCUCUCCAGGUCAUCAAUGUGGAGAAGAGCUUUUUGAACAUGUUGCCCUCCAAAGUGGAAAUUACCCUGAAGAAGGAAAACGCUGUCACCUGGGCUAGGCUGGAGCACCCCCAGGGCAAAUCACAAAUGUUGCGGCAGCAGCAACAGCUGGAGACAGACAGCUUGGAAAGCCAGAAAGCCAGAGGAGCUCAUCUGGAAGAGGAGUCCGAUGACAGCUUGAGCUGGUCAGAGGAGGAGGAGGAGGAAUGGGAGGAAGGAGAGAAGAGCCAAGCCCCCCCUGCUAGCCACGACUCUGAUGGGAAGUGAGUCGCAGCUGAGUGCUGCAGCCUGUGGAGUUGGGAAUGGGCUGGACUGUUCCCAGCUCUGAUCUGUGUUGCUGAAAACAGGGGCACCAACCGGGUGCUACAGGAAGAAUGCCCACUGUUUGCCAGGGACAGACUAUGCCUGAUGCUCCUCCUCUUCUGUCCAGGGCCGCAGAGCUGUCUGGAUUGGGAUGCAGGUGAAGGGAGGCGUGGGGGGCAUAUCCAGGGUGGUGGGAACUGGUGUCUGGAAUUUCCCCAUCCCCUCUUUUGUUUGUGUCUCUGUUGCUGCAUUUCAUUCAUGGAAUAAGAAACUUUCUUCAAUAAAAAGGAAGAUGAAAAGUAUACUAUGAAAGUACCACCAUCUUGGGCAGUGUUUUUGUGGUUGUGUUUGACUCUUGGGAGAUUGUGCUUGGCUCAGGGUUGGGGGUGAGGGGAACAUAGGAAGCUGACUUCUAGCUCAGUCUUUGUUCAUGCUGACAGUGAUAAGAACUGCCAGUCUGUUAAGUGCCAUUAAGACUCUUUGCCGCUUGAGUAUGGCAUCGAAAGACUGCACUCUGCCGUUUAAUUCAUUAAGAGACCAAUAUAAGCUGCAGCCUCUGGGCAUUAGGAAAACAAGAAGCUGGCUUUAUACAGAAUCAGACCAUUAGAUUACCUUGCCCAGUAUUGUCCAGCCUGACUGGCAACAGCUAUCCAGAGUCUGAGGCAGGGGAUCUUUCAACCCUACCUGGAGAAAUGAGGGACUGGACCUGGGAGCUUCUGCAUGCAAGCAGAUGCUCCAAGACUUAGUCCUGGUCCUUCUAGGCUUUGUGUGGGUUUCCAUUUCUGAGUUGGGGUUGCCUUCAUGUACCUGCUCUGGACAAGGCACAGCAUCAUUCAGACAAUUCAGAGCAAGCAAAGGAAAAGUAAUUCUUCACAUAGUGCACAGUUGAACUAUGGGAUUGGCUCUCAUUAGAUGCAAUGGUGGCCACCAGCUUAGGUGACUUUCGAAGGAAAUCAGAACUCCAUGGAAAAGGAGGCUGUCAAUAGCCAUGACGUGUUGUCCCUCCACUGUAAGAGGCAGUAUACCUGUGACUUGCUGGGAGUCACAAGUGGGAAGAGUGCUGUUGUGCUCAGGUUGCACUUUCAGGCUUCCCCCUGGCAUCCAGCUGGCCACAGUGACAGCAGGACUCUGGGCUGCAUGGACCUUGGGACUGAUGCAGCAGCCAGUCUCUUCUGGUGCUCCUACCAUUUUCAGAAAGGGAAAGGAUGUAGAAGGAGCAGAAGCAAGGGAAAUGUAUGUUCGCCCCUAGCAGAAUUUUGAUCCACCUGAACAGUUUCAGGUGUUGGAGGGAAUUUUUUUUUGGGGGGGGGGGGUGUUGAAGCUGUUCAAGGGUCAGUUUGCAGGCUUGGAGAAGUGGUGAUAAUAACUAUCCAUUGAAAUGACUACUUCACAGAGUUGGAAAACGAGAACAGCCUGAUGCCAAGGUGGGGAACACCUUUCUCAAAGACCUACCUUCUUGGCAUAUGCCAAUGGUGGGCGCGGCCAGAGGCAAAACUGGGCAGACCAAUUAAUGUAAAUUUUACCUUCGUACAGUAGGCUUGCUUGUGCACACGCUUUCUCCUCCAUCCAGGCAUGCAAGAAGCAUUAUCAAACUUCAUUGUAGUAAUCAGGCCAGGCAAAAAGACUCUAUGAGGGUGCAAAGCAGGGCCAGUAGAGGAUGUCUGUGUGUGAUGGGGGGGAGGGGGGCUGCAGAAAGUCCCAAGGGGGCUGGAGAGCUGCAUUCAGCUCCUGAAACUGAGUCCCCUACCCUCACCUACAUAGAAACUAGGAGAAGAAUAUGCUAUGUCUGUUCUGAGCUGCAGGCCCAAAGUGGUUUGAUGCAGGGAUACCAAAGAAGGAUGGAGACAACUCCAGAAUGGCCUCUUCUAAGUGCUUUAUUAAAAGAAAGGUAUAAACUCACAACACAGCGUGCAGAGCCUCACAGUCUUUACAGACAUGGGAUGGAAACAGCAACAGAGAGAGGUCAUCAUGACCUGUCUGCAAAGUGCUAAUAUGCUAAGCAUUACUUACACAAAAGACAGCUUGGGUCAAUUUGUCCAGAACCUCCCCUCACACCUGGCUGGUGAGGCCAUAGGUGGCAACUGUCCAAAGCUUCUCCCCUCUCUGGGCCUAGAGCCCAGCAUCCCAAGGUCCACAGAUAAGCGCAGCAUCAAAGCAAAUUCAUUAGUAUACAUCAAAGCAAGCUCGUUAGCAUACAUCAAAGCAAGGGAACAUAAACAUAUAUGAGCUCAUUCUUGCAACGACUACCAAUUAAUUGUAGGGUUAUCCUGAAUACCAAGAUGGCGUUUGCAGAGCUUCUGGAAAAUUUCACCUUUGGUUCAACACAGUGUCCUUCAGGCACAUGGUGACCUGUGAGAAUUCUGGAGUUCCUGGAAGCAGGUUGCCGAGGAACAAAGCCUGCCUGCCUGCGUGGCCAUGGGCGAUAUGACAAGUAAGGUAACACCUUUCAAGGUAUUACCUUGAAAGUAUUGCCUUGAAAGUAUUACCUUGAAAGGUGCUAUGUUCUGGAAGUGGUAUGUAAUAAGAGAGCAUAUCCACAUUAGCUUUUGCAAGAGCUGUUGUUUUCAGCAGGCUGGCCACAAAUUUGUGUUCUUUUCCCUGUCACCAUCUCAACUUUAGCUAGCUUUUCAUUUUCCCUGAUGGGAAACGAUGUGUCACUCAGAAAGCACGCAUAACUAGCCCAAUAGCAUGUAUCUGGGCUGAUAUGGGGCAGCAACUGCUUGACACAACAUCUUGUGAUCUCCCGACAAACAAAGCAGAAUGAAUGCUUAAGAAAUAUCUGAUGUCAUCUAAUCUCCCUGCAAAGAAAGCAGGAUGAAUACUCAAUAAGCAGAUAACCUGGAAACUACCUCAGAGAGGUACCAGCUCUGGAUGAAAAGGUGCUAGGGAUUGAACCAGGAACAUUUUGAAUGCAAAAAUAUGUGCUUUCUACCACCUUGUUCUCCUGUGGCCUGGUAUGAGUGAAUCACUGGAUGGCUACAGCUGCUGAGCGCCAGCAUGUAGAAGUAUAGGAAGUGUGAAUGGAAAUGCUUUACGUUCCCAGGUCCAUGCAGGAAUACACACAUUGCCUCUGUUCUGCCAUACCAGUGACGUCAUGCUUUGGUGCUUGAGUUGCCUACUGGAACUAAGAAAUCAGGGUGAUAAAUGAAUGUCUGCCUUAACUGCAUGAAAUGCAGAGAAACACAGGCGGUGAUAAUUAUGUAACAUAAGCAAGUUGUUGAUAACACAGGCAUUCUGACAUUGACAAGGAAAUGAACAAAUAUGAAUUAAACAUCCUUUAUCUCGAUUCAAUCAGAUGUGAUAGUGUGGAACCUCUUGAUAGCUUGUAACUCAGCAGUUUCAUGUUGCAGCCUCCUGUUGAAAUUGCUCUAGGAUGAGCUCUCUAGAAUCACUUACAGAAAGAACUGGAAGGUUGAAAUGUUCCCCCCAAAGGGCUUUUAAAUAUUGUCAUACCUGAUGCCAAAAUUUGUGACCAUUUAUUUUUUUCCACAGAACAUAGCUGGCAGAUGAUAGCAUACAUGACAUUGGAAGAUGAGGUGAUUGAACCCCAGACGUUGUGAAUGGACGAGGGUGUUCAGGCAUAUGCCCCUAGAGAGUAAGAGUGUAACCCUAACCCCUAUUUAGUAAAGGUAAAGGGACCCCUGACCAUUAGGUCCAGUCGUGACCGACUCUGGGGUUGCGGCGCUCAUCUCGCUUUAUUGGCUGAGGGAGCCGGCGUACAGCUUCCAGGUCAUGUGGCCAGCAUGACUAAGCCGCUUCUGGCGAACCAGAGCAGCGCACGGAAACGCCGUUUACCUUCCUGCCGGAGAAGUACCUUUUUAUCUACUUGCACUUUGACGUGCUUUUGAACUGCUAGGUUGGCAGGAGCAGGACCGAGCAACGGGAGCUCACCCCGUUGCGGGGAUUCGAACCGCCGACCUUCUGAUCGGCAAGUCCUAGGCUCUGUGGUUUAACCCACAGCGCCACCCGCGUCCCAACACACCACUGAAUUCAAUAGGACUUACUUCUGAGUACAGUGGUACCUCGGGUUAAGUACUUAAUUCGUUCCGGAGGCCUGUUCUUAACCUGAAACUGUUCUUAACCUGAAGCACCACUUUAGCUAAUGGGGCCUCCCACUGCAGCCGCACCGCCGGAGCACGAUUUCUGUUCUCAUCCUGAAGCAAAGUUCUUAACCCGAGGUACUAUUUCUAGGUUAGUGCAGUCUGUAACCUGAAGCGUAUGUAACCUGAAGCAUAUGUAACCCAAGGUACCACUGUAUUUCGGGGUUAGCAGAGUCUGUAACCUGAAGUGUAUGUAACCUGAAGUGUAUGUAACCCGAGGUACCACUGUAUACAUUAUUUGGAUUGUGUGGUCACCCUCUCUGAACUCAGGGGUCAUUCCUUUUGAGUAAAUGAGUAAUGGAGCAGGGAUGCAUGAUGUUCGUGCUGCUGAUUUCAUGUAUGGUCUCAAAAACCUCAGCCAUCACCGCAGUCAAAACUGGCCUAAGGUCACAGAGGCUUGUCUUAUUCCUAGGGCUGUCAUCUGAGUGGAGAAAUUCCUUCUUUACUGAUUCAUCAUAUGUGUUUUUAGCUGAUGAAUCGAUCAAAUUAAUGAUUUGAUCUUGAUUAUAUUUAAUAUUUGUAUUCUGCUUUUCCAACAACAAAUGUUGAGCUCAAAGCUGUUAUUGUCGGCAUCCAUCUAUCUUGUAAGACAAUGGAAGAUUGUGCCUUUGAGGGUAAAGUCAAAGCACUGGAGAGUUACAGCACCUGCUAUGGCUGCAGAGAGCGAUAGAUUAGUAGAGACAUGUGUUGUUGCAGGUGGGGCAGAUGAAGGUGCCUGGUUGUGUUGCUGGUUGUGUUCUCUCUGCGCUCCUCCCAGCAGCCAUUCCUCCCCUAGUCACUCUUCUGGAUACAUGACCUGACUGUCUCCAGGCACUGUGGCCGUCAUCUGCAAGGGAUCCCCACACGACAGUGUUAAUGGCAGCUCACAAUAAUCACAACAGCACUGCACACACACAUUGUAAACACUAUAACAUUGAAUACAGUAACAUAUAAAUAACUCGAUGAUAAAUUCAUCAGCAAUUCAGCAAAAUCACAAGAAUUCAAAAUAUCAGAAAGAGCUGCUGAGUGAUGCCAGGCGACCUCCUCUCUUGGGGAAGAGGUUUCUUUCCCCCCUCAGUGGGCAGGCACAACUCUCUACGUUUCCAAACCAGACUUAAUGCCUGCAACCGUUUUUUGUUUUUCCAAAUCUCCACAACCUCCUUGCGAGGUAGGCUAGCUAAUGCCCUCUUUCAGUCUGGGAAGCCGCGGAAACUACAUCUCCCAUCAACCCCAGUCGCUGGCCACGGAAGCCUCCCCUACGCAAGAAAAACCAUAGACCGAGGAGGGGGGGGGAAAGAGAGAGGACGGAAGUCCGCCUUGAGCAGACGCCGCAGGAAGCUCGGCUGGCUCCCGGCCACCGUAGGUUCGAGCUGUGUGUGUGUGUAUGUGUGCCCGGCGGGCCGUUCCGAAAAGGAGGGCGGGCAGCGCGCGCGUGCGCAGAAUCGAGGCCGGGCUGCGGCGGAGGUGUGGGGGCGGUUUCCCUCAGCCGGAUACAGCUUCUCUUCGGCCGGCGGCGGUUGCAGCUGACGGGAGAGAGCGAGCGCGAGAGAGAGAGCAGGGGGGACCCCAAGGUAAGACCCGGAGCCCCAGGCCGGCUUCCCCUCGCGAAGCAGGGCGUUCGGAGGGUGGGGCGGGGAGCGCUUGCUUCCCGCUGUGUGGCCGCCGCCCUCAGGCCUGACAGGAUGGGGGAGGGGGGCUAUUUUAAAAAGGAACCCCCUGUGGGUGGGGGGAAUCUCUUGCGGGCUCAGAGAAGCCUCCGGGGGGUGGGCACGAUGAGGAAGGGCCCCCCCAGUCCAGUGUCUGAGCACCUUCCUUGCAAGCAGAGGAAGACUGGGAAUCGCCUCUCUGGAGCCAGGGCUGCUGCCAGUCAGUGCAAGGCAAUGCUGGAGGAGAAGGGCCCAGUGGUCAGAGUGCCGCGGGGGCGAGACGGCUUGGUGUAAUCUGUGGCCGCUGUUUCAGCCCCCGCUGACAAUCGCCAAGAGGAAGCGGGCGGGGGGGGGGGAAAUCUGAUUGAUUGCUGCCGGUCUGUGCGGGCCGUGCUGAGCUACAUGGGGUAAAUGGUCACGUUCAGGGCGAAGGGGGCUUGCUGCCGUCUGUAUGGGGAGGCUGGUGGGGUAGCUCAGCUGGGAGAGCCUUAAAACCUUUAAUCUCAGUUAGCCGGACUGUAAAUGAGAAAUGAUGCUGCAACGCGAGGAAAAGGAUGGCGAUCGUGAGUUCGGGACAGGAGCGAGAAACGUGAUUUUAAGAAAUUGUAUUGCAUUAAUUUAAUUUAAUUUGGUUUGGUUUGUAAUCGUUUGGGAAAUUAAUAAAAAAUAAUUUGUGUGUGUGUGGGGGAAGACUCUUCAUUUCAGAGCUGUGGGUUCGAGCCCCAUGUCGGGCAAAGGAUUCCUGCAUUGCAAUCACUACAUGGGUUAGCUGGUCUCUUCCAACUCUACAGUUCUGUGAAAAACCCAGCAAAAAUCAAGGUCUGGGGCUUGGAGAAGGGCUUCGGCAUCUGCUUUGCAUGCAGCUUCAAUCCUCCACACCACCAGGGAGGGCUGGGAAUGUAUUAGGCCUGGAAUCCUGUAGAUCUGCCUCCAGCCAGUACCUUCUUGCUGCUGCCAGCCUUAGGCCUGUAACAGAGUGGGCAGAGUAAGAAUUGGCCUGACUCUGUAUAAGGCAGUUUCCUCUGUUCAUUAGCAAUAUCAGUAGGGGGGGAAAGAAUUUGUUUUUGAUCCCUGAGAUCUCCAGGUGGGGCUAGGAGAGGACCCUGCCUUAAAUCCUAGAGAGCUGCUGCCUGUCAGGGCAGACAAAACUGAACUUGCUGUGAGUCAUGUUGACUAGAUCAGAGGCAAGCAGCUGAACUGGUUCACCACUGAGGCUUAACUUUGGAAAUAAAUCAUGAACUUGGAGGCUGCUAUGAAAUUUCAUAUUAAUUAGCAGGUAAAAGAGAUGUAGCUCAGUGGUAGGGCAUCUGCUUUGCAUGCAGAAGGUCCCUUGUUCAAUCCCUGCUUCUCCACAGAGUCUUGAGAAUGAUCCUUGCCUGAAAUUCUGGAAGCUGCUGUAAGUCAGAGUGGACAGUGCUGGGCUAGGUUCUUAAUGGUCUGACUGUAUAAAGCCAGUGCUUGUUUCCCUAACGUCCAGAGGCUGCAGUUUAUAUUGGUCUUUUAACCAAUGAAAGUUUCUCCCAAAACUGCAGAAUGUAGUCUUUGGAUAUCAUGCCCAAAUAACAGAGUCUUGUAGCAGCUUGAAGACUGACAAAUCCUACUGUGACAUAAAUGUCAUUGAGCUACAAUCUGCUUCAUCAGAUGCAUGAAGCAUAAUCCUGAGUUCCAGGUAUAUUAUGUUUGUCCUUCAUCUCUGUUGGUUUCCAUGCUCACCCACCCACCUUGUCUUGCAUAGGGUCCAGCUUGAAGAAGUUGAGAAAAAUAACAAGGGAGGAGCUGGGGAGAAGAGAGAGCAAUAUUGUUAAAGCCCCAGAAUUUUCUAUUUGUAAUAGACAUUAACACUUUCUGCUGUUGUAAGCUGCAGGAUUUGUGCCCUCAACAUUAUGCACUUCUACUUCUCUCUCUCUUCUCCCCCUCUGCAAACAUUUUAACAUUUUCCUGACAGUUCUGGAGAAUUUGGGAACUUGUUCUCUACAUGGAUACCUUUUUAUUGAUCCUAAUAAAGGUGUCUUUUGUUGCAUUUCUAAUAGGCUUUAAAAAAUGUUCUAAUAAAGGGGACCAAAAGAUACUGUUGGUGAUGGUGGAGAAGAGGGGAGGUCUUCAUCUUUAUUCACUGUGGGUGGGGAGGGCCAUUGAUCAAAUGCAUUGGCUAGAGUUGCCAGCUGACCAACUUGGUCUGCUCCUGUGCUUGUACAGCAGCCAGAGGUGUAGAAAUUAACAGGUAAAACUUUUCCCAGAGAAAUUAAAUUGCUGUGAUUUGUGCAUCAAACUGUUAGUAAACAUGCCGAAGUAGGUUUAGAGAAAAGUUGGCCACCUGCAAUGCAUUUUGGGUGCUGCAGAGAUGCUUAGUAAGGCAUCCGUCAGUGUUAGAAACUGAAAUAUGAAAGCUAGGAGCUAAAUGGCACCUUAAACCUAAGUUACGGGCACAACAAAGAAAUGUCUAGGCACACUUUUUUAAUAACAAGAAUACAAAGCUGAAAAUGAAUAAACUGCAGCUAAAAUAUUAUGUUCAUUUUUCAUAUGGUCUUGUCCUUCUGCCCACCUCCCUAAUAUUCUUAAGAGGGUCUCUUCUCCAGUCUUCAAAGAGUAGCUGGAAGUGGGGAGGCAGAAAACGCUCCUUUUCUUCCAUUCUGCAGUUUUAAUCUGAAAUCUUAGGUGCAGUACUGCGUCCAGAGCUCAGAAACUGCUCACACUAAUGAAAUUCCCUGUCGCAAAAUGUGCCUAGAACAUUGGGAGUUUCGAACACUGGCACCCGCUCAGGGCUUCUUUUUUCUAAGGUAGCAUUGGUCCUCCCCUUGCUCUUUGGCAGCUCUUGCAUUCCUUGUUACACAGCUGCAUGAUCCAGAGAUGGUUUUGCUUGUGGAUGAGAAGCCAGAGCACAAGCAGUGAGGCAUGGCUGCUGCUUCUCCACCCAGCUUGUGUACCUCCCUGGGGCAUAAGGCUGCUUUCUUUCUUUCUGGUGGCUUGCCAGCUAGACUUCGUUCAAGUGUGUCAAAUUGAACUGGUGAUCACGUGAUGCUUUUCUCCCACCCACAAAGGGUGCUUGGGACUUGGUAACCCUUCUAUGAUCUACCCCCAACUCCACGCUCUGUCAUUUAAAUUUCAGAACUGGCACUCUCUUACACUGGCUACUUCCAUAUAGCCUGGUAGCAUCAAAUUGUCUUUUAUUUUAUUGAUCCAGUAAGCAGACAUCACAUUAAAACUUGUAUAUCAGCUUACAGAAACAGGAUGCAGAGUUGUCAAAAUAUUGAUUUUAUAUUUAAUUGGAUAAAUUUUCUGCUUUCAUCUGAAUUUAGCUACAAUUUAUGUAGCAAUCUUAAUGACACAGUGUGCGCCUACACCCUCCUUCCCAACUCCUUUUCAGUAUGGCUUGAAUAUGGCUAGCACACAGGGGGACAUGUGUGAGCAGCAAAUCCUUUGUAUGCACAAUCUGUGGCUGGGCUCCUCACCUUGCAGCAGCAUCUGCAAAGCUGCUUGCCAUGUACAGCAACCACUGGGGAGGACUGAAGCAGAGUGGGUGAGGAAGUGGUUUUUUGUACAAUGUAUCUGAAUUGACUGUUUACAGUUUGUCACCUUAUCUCUCCCUGGAGGUGUGGCAGCUUUUGACAGCAUAUUAUGUGCCUUGCAGGGAGGGUGUUUGGGAUACCAGGCUGAUCUGAACUCACAGUCAUUGCUGCAGUUUGAGCUGCUGACAUUAGUGAGGAUGGAAUAGCUAGGGAAAGUGAGGGCUGUUGGAGCUUGGGGUCCUGCUGCAAAUGCAGUUUUGCUACCAGGGCGUUGCUCCUAUCUGGACACCCUGGCUCCAUAACCCAGCACACUCUUCCUUCUAGCAGGAAGCAGACAAAACUGAUCUUGUGACACUAUUGUUACAGUUAUGUUUUCAAAUGUAAUCUUCAAAGCUAUAUUGAAUAUCUAUACAAGUCACUGCUAUAUUGUUCUUGCAGUGCAUCAUGAAAUACUGUUUUUUGGCGUGUGGGGUACGGGGGAAGAAGUCUCUGCAUUAUAGAGAUGUGAUGAGUGAAAGACAUUUGCUGGGGAAAGUGAAUGAGUUGGUAAAGAUGCUUUGUAGGAUGUGAUUUGUAAAUGAAAUAAAUAAUUUAUAAUAAUAAAAUAGAUGCUGGUUAUAAACUGUUAGCCUUAGAUAAAGUGUGGCCAAGAAAUUCCCUAAACCAACACUCUUAACAACACAAUUCCUUACAUAUAAAUUCCAUUGAGUUCACUGGGGCUUCCUUCCCAGUUGUUUUCAUUGUAUUUUGUAUUUUCUGCACCACCAUGAUAUGUGUGUUAAAGGUGAUAGAUAGAUAAAUAAAUAAAUAUAUAUAUACAAUAAGUGGGUAUAGGAUUUCACUCUUAAUGAAGAUAACUAGCAAACCGAUUCCAUUUUGGGGGGGGCGGGGAAUAUUCUGGCCACCUCUGCUUGUUAUUACACUAGCAGAAAUUUACAUGUGGAUGUUUAGAUGUUGGGCAGACCAAGGUUCCCUUAUCACAGUUAAAUUUCUAGCCAUUUUUUUGUAACUGGCGGCUGUCCUUGCUGAGCCUGUGGUAUAUGAUAGUUGAGAUAGUAUGUGACAUUUUACACACUUCUGUAUAUGAAGCUGAGCUGGUUAGCUCCAUCUUGUCCAGGCUUGACGAGAUAGCUCUUUAGUGUCUGUGGCAGAGAUUUUUGCAAGCCUGAGAUCAGUUAUUGGCUAGAGUGGUGGGAUUGAAUCUGGAAAGAUACAGGACUGGGCAGGAGUCCACAGUUUCCCAGAUUUUGUAGGCUGCCUUCUAUACCACACCAGUGCUCCCCUUUCAUUUGAUCACAGCUUCCUAGUUUUCCCUUGAAAGUGACUGCAUUCUCUCAAUGGCAAACAUUCCUCCCAUAAUGAAUUGCAUGGAUCCAGGCUUCCCCAAAUUGGUGCUCUCCAGGCAUUGUGGGUCUCCAGCUCCCAUCCAGCCCAGCUAGCAUAGCCACUGGUCAGGAAUGAUGGGAGGUGUAGUUUUGAAUAUCUGCAAGGUUCCAGGUUGGGGAAGACUCCAGAUUUCACAGAAACAGCAGUCCAUAAAACUUGGAAUUCAAGUUAAAUGUCACACGAGAAGAUGCAGGAUAUUGGUUUGGCUCUUGUGGCUGGUUGCACAACAGAAGUCCCAUUACUUCCUGUUCCACAAAAAAAAUUCCACUAGUGCAACCGUUGUGCUGGAUUUCAUAUUGCGCAACUGUGAUUCUUGCCCUUACACUAGCGCAACUGUCUUUGCACUGGCAGUUACAAAAUUUUGGGUCUCAGACUCCAGCUGCUUGUUUGCGGCUAGUAUGAACUACUCAAGCAAGAUGAUGGUGGAAGGACAUUUUGGGAGUUCAGAUUGGAUAGAGCUUCAGUGUGGAUGAUUGCUGCUGUGUGAACAGAGAACUCCAGUGCCAGUGUUCUCUCCCCCCCCCAUCCCCAAAAAGGAGAUUGGUGAUUUGUUGAGGAACUGGAGCAAUUGCUUUAAGUGAAGGGACUUGAGCCAAAGGUUGCAGAGAGUGGUUGACUGAAUUGCUCUCUGGAGAGCUGCCCUGCUAAUACAUGUUCAGCUGUUAGUCUCUUGGAAUGGGCUGCUUUAUCUUCUAAGAGGGUUUCUCGCUCAGCAGGAAACUGCAUCCUGGGAGCUAAGUAGCACCUUCCAAAGAAAGAGGCUGACAAGUUGUUUCUUGUUUGGGCUAGCUUGGCAGUUCCAGCUUGAAAGCGUGCAGGCUUUUGGUUUAUAUUUGGGAGUGAUAUGCGGCUCCACCAAGUCCAUUGGGAAAGUGCUGGGAAGUGUCCUGUCAGAAAAUGGACUCCCCGCCCCAUCCCCAAAUUGUCUCUGGUGAAUUUGAAUUUUUCAUGCUAAAAGUCAUUCUGAAACUUUCCAGAGUGACGAGGCCUGCGCUGAGCUUUGCACUUUGCUUUCAUCCUGAACUCUUCACAUAUAUUUGGUAUUAACGUGUCUGCAGCUCAAGCCCCUUAAUUCCUGCUGGACCAUUCAUUGUUAAGAAUAAUCUGCUCUUGGCUUCCUUCUCAACAGUUCUUUGUGUAUUCACAGAAGGCCUCCGUGCCUCUGGUGCUGGCUGAGAGAGGAAACGUUCUGAGCACCCAUCACAGCUGUUGCGUUCUAAGCUGUUGUGGGUCUUGGACUGCUGAAUUGGGCCCUAGAUUGCACCAGAGCAGCUGACAGAUAGUUCAGAUUUAACAAAGCAGAAAAUGUUUCUCUUGCAGUCAUUUUCAAUGUAGAGAAUUUCUGCUGGUAGAGAACCAAAGUUAAGACUGCUCAAGAUUGCUAGAAGCUUAUUACAGAGUGUCUGGUUUCUUCCUUUGCUGUUUAUUCAAAAACUUUGGUUCAGCAACCAGGAAAACUUUUCUAACAAUCAGGGGCCAAUGCUAACUCUUGGCUGGGGAGCAGUAGGGGUUAUUCCACUGCGAUAUCUGAAAACUAGCCAUGUACUGACCAGGGCAGAAGUCUUUUUUGUGUGGGGGAGGGGGGCAGUAUUUGUCUUAAUAUUUGCUGAGCCAGCUCUGAAUUGGACCCCUCUCAAGUUGAUGAAGCAGUUUAGAAUCCAGCAAAUCUUUGUCUAGAUCAGCUCUUCCUGUAUCCUGCCCCAUUCCGAGGCUUUACACUGGCUGCCCAAAUACCACAAGUGGUAUCCUGUCAAUAAUCUGCACUGUUGGCAGGCGCAAGGGAGGACCCCCCUGCUGGCAGAGGGAAAUCACUGCACUCUUAAUCCCCUUCCAACAACAGAUCAGGGGUCAGCAAACUUUUUUAGGAGGGGGCCGGUUCACCACCCCUCAAACCUUGUGGCGGGCCGGACUGCGCACGCAUGCACGCGUGCACACAUACGCAUGCAUGCACGCACGCAUGCACAUGGCAGAGGGGGGCUUCUCUCUCUCUCCCCAGCCCCUCCCCUCCCCCACUUUCCUACCUCCUCCACCGCUCUGCCUGUGGUUGGGAGCCGGUGGUGGUGGUGGUGCGUCUCCUUUCUAGGCCACCUUUCCCAGGUACCUGGUGCGGGGCCAGCAGGCACUCCAAGCUCCAGCCAAAGCCCCGUGACACUCCUGUCAUGAUGCCUACAAUGCAGCCAUGGACGGAGAGGCUGGCAGGCGAGUGGUGAGUCUGGGCCGUGCCUCAGGGCACGGGCGGCAAGGCUUUGGAUUGGCUGGCACCAAUCAAAGCCCAGCUCCCUUCCUCCACAGGGCAGGGAGAAGCCCGGAGGAAGGAGGGAGGAGGGGAAAAAGGUGGGGGGGGGGGGGGAAUUGCGAAAAAAAAAAGGCACAGCACGAAUGAUCAUGCCGAUCCAAGUGGCAAUUCCAGGACCGUCCGCGGGCCGGAUCCAGAAGGCAAUUGGGCCUGCUCUGGCCCGCAGGCCUUAGCUUACUGACCCAUGACAUAGAUCAAGGGUUAGGAUUGCUCUGUUACCGACAAACCAAAAAGUGUGUGUGUGAGUUUAGGGUGAAUGUAUGUUGAGACAACAAGGGACGCGGGUGGCGCUGUGGGUUAAACCACAGAGCCUAGGACUUGCUGAUCGGAAGGUCGGCGGUUCGAAUCCCCACGACGGGGUGAGCUCCCGUUGCUUGGUCCCUGCUCCUGCCAACCUAGCAGUUUGAAAGCAUGUCAAAGUGCAAGUAGAUAAAUAGGUACCCCUCCAGCGGGAAGGUAAACGGCGUUUCCGUGCGCUGCUCUGGUUUGCCAGAAGCGGCUUAGUCAUGCUGGCCACAUGACCCGGAAGCUGUACGCCAGCUCCCUCGGCCAGUAAAGUGAGAUGAGCGUCGCAACCCCAGAGUUGGUCACGACUGGACCUAAUGGUCAGGGGUCCCUUUACCUUUUUUAUGUUGAGACAACAAGUCAUGGUGUUUUACAAUCUCUGGAGUUUUACAAAAUACAUCAGGCAGACCUGGUCUUGUUCAGAUGCAUGGUUUGCUUAGGAGUAGGUUCUAGCUCCCCGGAACAUGGUUUUAAAAAGUGUUUGUUAAACUAGGUCAAGAAAAAGCUCCUGUGCUGUGUAAGACAGCUUCCUGGGUUUUUGGGGGGUGGUGAUGGUAGUGGUGGGUUGUUCUCUGAUUGCUUCUGGCUCAUUCCUGGCUGGUUUCUCUUUUCUCCUUGCAUAACUUCUGAAAAUGAGCUCCUUACUGUGGUUGUGGUUCUUUUAAAUGCUUACAUAUUUAAUACGUUUGUAUUCUGCUUUCUCCUAGUGCACUUUUCUCCUAAUGCAGUUUACUGUUAAAGGCACUGUACUAAAACAAAAGGUACAAUAGACAAAACAGAAUCCUCUCAAUCUGUUUGUGGUUUCUUUAGGAACUGUCACACGUCAUUCGCAAUUUUGAAUAUUUAUAUUUUGCCGUUCUAGCGAAUGAUCUUCCAAGGCAGCUUAUCCAGCCCAGCAGCCCUUCAGUCUCCUGGCCGAGGCAUGUAGCUAGAAAGUGCCUCUUUUCAGCUCUGCAGUCUCAGGGCAACUUGCAAUUGGAGACUAAAGAACAUGGGAAUUCUUCCUGACACCAAAUCAAACGCUUGGUCUACCUAGCUCAGUACUGUCUGUGGUGACUAGCAGAGGCUCUCUAGGGUUCCAGACAGGGAGCCUCUCUCAGCCCUACCUGGAGUUGCUGCAGACUUGGGACUUUCUUCCUGAUACUCCACCACUGAGAUGUGGCCCAUCCCCGUAAACCUUGCGUUUUGAGGCAGGAAGGUGGGAAACCAGCUCCUUUCAGUUACGCUUCCCUUGGCUGAUGGGGUGGGACCAGGUUUUAUUUCCAUCUUGCCAUGAUUUUCUCCUGGACAGCAGAGGGCGAAGCCUCCCUGUGGCCAUUGGCUGAUGGUAGAGGCCUGAGUCUGCCUCUCUUUGGCUUUGCUGUCCCCUGGGCAAGUGGGAAGUGAGUCGUCUCUGGAGAAGGGUGGGUGCGGAAUGCAUGUCCAUAACUUGGUUUCUGAGUAAUUGCAUAAGUCUCCUAGCAAUACUGGAGGCUUGGUCCAGUAUUUUUCUCCCAACUGAGUUUGGCUUCCUCUGACUUCUUCCUUUCUUUGUGCAGGACUCUUCCCUUCAGAUCAGAAGAAUGCAAACGAUAAAGUGCGUGGUUGUUGGCGAUGGAGCUGUGGGGAAGACCUGCUUGCUCAUCAGCUACACUACCAAUGCAUUCCCUGAGGAAUACAUUCCCACGGUGUUCGACAACUACAGCGCUCAGAUGACUGUUGAUGGCAGGAUGGUUAGUCUGAAUCUCUGGGACACGGCAGGUCAGGAGGAAUAUGACCGCCUGCGCACCCUCUCCUAUCCUCAGACCAAUGUCUUCGUCAUCUGCUUCUCCAUUGGGAGCCCCUCCUCGUACGCAAAUGUGAGGCACAAAUGGCACCCUGAGGUGUCUCACCACUGCCCAAAUGUGCCGAUUCUUCUUGUUGGCACUAAGAAGGACUUGAGAAGUAACACGGAGACGGUGAAGAAGCUGAAGGAGCAGAGCCUGGGCCCCACCACCCCCCAGCAGGGGACGUCGCUGGCCAAGCAGAUUGGAGCCGUCAAAUAUUUGGAAUGUUCGGCGCUGAACCAGGAGGGGGUGAGAGAAGUCUUUGCUGAAGCUGUGCGUGCCGUUUUAUACCCUGUGACAAAGAAGAACUCCAAGAAGUGCCUUCUGUUGUAG